AUGUAUCACCACACCACCAUCGAGACAAUGAACAACCAAUCCACACCAAACCGCUUGACGGAACAAAACCUCCAGCUACACACAACACAUUUCCAGAACAAGGCUCGAACAUAUUCAAUUGGAACAGACCAAACAUGGGAACCAUAUCAUCAACUCGACGACGACGACUUUGAAGGAUCUGAGGAUGGAGAUCUGGACACACGAAGGCACAACAUUGAAUUACGGAGAGCUGCAUCCUUGGAAGCGUUGAAGAUAUAUGGCGGGUGCUUCGCAUCGGGUUUCCUUGCAAUGCAAGAGUCGUGGAGACCAACACCGACUGCCUCUCAACGCCAGCUGUACUACCUGGACGUCGAGACACUCGAGCUCCGAGAGCUAGCCUCAGAAAUGUCCUCCAUCGAGACUGGCAGUAUCGAAACCGGCUCGACAAGAUCGGGUAGCAGCAUCGGGAGGCCAAGACCAGACUCCGUCACACUAAGCCCAAUCGGUGCUCAAGAAGGAAAGAGCGAAAGGAAAUGGAGUUGGAAAAGCCUCGGAAAGAAGAGGCGUAACAAGUCGAACAAGUCGCCAAUGUAA